AUGUAUGGACUGGCUCACAUCGUUGGUAUUGUAGUUGGUGACAAGGGCGGGGCGUGGAUCACGGGCAUCUUCUACCCCAACAACGCUCACCCCAAAGCCUUCACACACACCCCAAAUAUUGCUACAGAAGUAGCAUGGGUCAUUAUGAGAUGGCCGCCAUGGAGCUCCGAGUCGACCAAUGACAAACAAAACCACACAUCUAGCACCUGGCAAUCCUCCGCGGCAAACACCCCAAGCUCUAGCCUGGACUGGGCAGCAUUCACAGAGCCCAGGAGUCUGGUUCCAACUCUCGUCCUAACAAGCGGUAUCCUCCUCGCAGUGCGCUUCCACCGCAAAUACCUACGCCGCAUCCCCGACGCGCCUAGUAUCUCGCCCUCAUAUCUCAGACGGCGCACCAUCUUCGGUCCAGUCACCAGCGUCGGCGACGGCGACAACUUCAGAAUAUUCCACACACCCGGAGGCCGUCUCGCUGGAUGGGGCUGGCUACCGUGGAAAAAGGUCCCCACUGCAAAGAAGGAUCUGAAGGAUAAGACCAUACACAUCCGUCUAGCCGGCAUUGACGCCCCAGAACUAGCCCACUUCGGCCGCCCCGAACAACCCUUCGCGCGCGACGCGCACGCCUGGCUUACAUCCUACCUGUCCAAUCGGCGAGUUCGCGCCCUCGUCCACCGCCAAGAUCAAUAUUCGCGCGUGGUAGCGAGCGUCUACGUCCGACGCGCCUUCGACUUCCCGCCCUUCCGUCGGCGGGAUGUUUCUUAUGAAAUGCUGAGACGCGGUUUGGCAACUGUCUACGAAGCGAAGGUUGGGUCGGAGUUUGGUGGCGAGAAGAUGGAGAAAAAGUAUCGCAAUGCUGAGUGGUGGGCUAAGAAGCGGGCUAAGGGGCUUUGGAAGGAUUAUCGUCGGAUUGGGUCUGACUGGGAGAGUCCGAGAGCGUAUAAGACUCGGAUGGGGUUGGAGGAUCCUGCUCCUGAGAGUAAUGGAAAACCGAAGAAUGCGCGGAAAUAG